AAUUAUUUCGCUAUCCUGCGUGGUUUCGUCUCCCAGCGCUUGCAAGUUGCACUUGUGGCAGCGAAGCGAAAGAAUCUCUCCGCUUUCUCGCGGAGGCGGCGGCCGAGCAAGCGGGUCUCGAAAGGGGGCCAAAUAGAAAAAAAAUUUAUGGAUGCGUAAAGCGAGCUAGGGAAAAGAAAGAAGAGAGAGACGCGUUGGUACACCGCCGAAUCCAGGAACUCGAUUCCUUCGUCGCCCACACACACACUCUCGCUUUUUUGCGUGAUUCGUACGGUUUAUCACCGCCUCUCUCUCCCUCUGUCUUUAAUCUCGUUAUUUUGGGAUUCCGACGGGUUGCUUGGAGCAGAAGUCUUAGGGGUCGAGGGGCGCAGAAGAUGGGGGGCGACUCCACAUUGUCCGGGGUGGUGGGCGACGCGGCUACACUUGUCAGCGGCGGCGAUCCGGUCUCGUAUUGGUUCGACGUAUGCGAGGACGAUGGCAGUGGGCUCUGCGGCAUCGACUUCUCUGACUUCGACCCCUCCGCCCUCCCCUCGCUCGACCACACCGACGAGGAAGGCCUCCUCGGCGAGAUCGACCGCAUCCUCGACAGCAUCAAUGGCGACCAACUCCCUUCUUCUCUCAUGCCGCUGUCGCCGCCAGUGGAACCUGCCAGUAACGUCCCCGUCGCAGCUGAGCUUGUUGUCCAACAGUGUUUGUCUGUGGAGAACAGUUGUGGAGGCGAUGGGGCUAAGGAUCGCCGUGAAGUUGUCAAGUUAGAAGAUAAGGAUGGAAGCGCUUGGAAUGGUGGGAGGAAGUACAAUAGUACGAAGGAGAAAGUCUGCGAUCGGAGGGAUGAGCGAGGGGCUAAUCGCCGUGAUCGCUACAGGGAAUCUUCAGCGUGGCGUCGUCCGCGACGUCCAGAUGAGGCUGGCGAUUGGAGGAGGAGAGACGGCGAGUGGGGUAGAAAGAGAGAGCGGGAUGGUGGUGGGGAGUGGAGGGAGAGGGAUAGCAGAGGAGGGUACUGGGAGCGGGAUAAGUCUGGUAAGGUUAUCUUCCGAGUUGGCUCAUGGGAAUCAGGUGCCAACAGGGAAGCGAAGAAGACUAAACUUGAUAACGCAGAGCAGGUUAGGAGGAGCCCCGAGAAGAGACCUCAAGAGAAGAGAGAAAAGCCGACUGAGGAGCAAGCCCGUCAGUACCAGCUAGAUGUUCUUGAGCAGGCCAAAAUGAGGAACACAAUAGCUUUCUUGGAGACUGGCGCAGGGAAGACUCUGAUUGCAGUAAUGCUUAUCCAAAGUGUCUGCACAGAGAUGCUCAAAGAAAAUAGGAAGAUUCUGGCAGUAUUUUUGGUACCAAAGGUUCCCCUUGUAUACCAGCAAGCUGAGGUUAUUCGCGAAAGGACUGGGUAUAAAGUUGGGCAUUACUGCGGAGAGACAGGUCAGGAUUUCUGGGAUGCCAGAAGAUGGCAGCGUGAAUUUGAGUCGAAACAGGUUCUAGUUAUGACAGCUCAAAUCUUGUUGAACAUUCUCAGGCACAGUAUACUAAAAAUGGAAUCAAUUAAUCUUUUAAUUUUGGACGAAUGCCAUCAUGCUGUGAAAAAGCAUCCGUAUUCUUUGGUGAUGUCUGAGUUCUAUCAUACAACUUCAAAAGAUAAUCGACCAGCUGUCUUUGGUAUGACAGCUUCUCCUGUCAACUUGAAGGGAGUUUCUAGUCAGGAAGACUGUGCAAUCAAGAUUAGGAAUCUUGAAACGAAACUAGAUUCUAUUGUGUGUACAGUGAAGGAUCGGAGAGAGCUGGAGAAACAUGUCCCAAUGCCCUUGGAAAUUGUUGUGCAAUAUGAUAAAGCAGCUGUCUUAUGGUCCCUUCAUGAGAAAAUAAAACAAAUGGAAGUUGAAGUCGAACAAACUGCUCAUUCAAGUUCUAGAAAAAGUAAGUGGCAGUUUAUGGGAGCCAGAGAUGCUGGUUCCAAAGAUGAACUGCGAUUGGUGUAUGGUGUUUCUGAGAGGACAGAAAGUGAUGGUGCUGCUAAUUUGAUACAGAAGUUGCGGGCUAUUAAUUAUGCUUUAGGUGAGCUUGGGCAGUGGUGUGCUUACAAGGUUGCAGUUUCCUUCUUGACAGUUUUGCAGAAUGAUGAAAGGGCUAAUUACCAGCUUGAUGUUAAAUUUCAAGAAUCAUACCUGAAGAAAGUUGUUGCGUUGCUGCAAUGCCAGCUUUCCGAAGGUGCUGCCAAUGGGAAUGGUGUAAAGGAUGCUGAUAUGCAUCUCUCUGAUGCUCAAAAGGCUGAUGAAAUUGAGGAGGGCGAACUACCUAACAGUCAUGCGGUCUCUGGUGGAGAACAUGUAGAUGUCAUAAUAGGUGCUGCUGUGGCAGAUGGGAAAGUUACUCCUAAGGUGCAAGCACUAAUUAAAAUACUUCUCAAGUAUCAGCACACUGAGGACUUUCAUGCCAUCAUUUUUGUUGAGCGUGUUGUUGCGGCAUUAGUCCUUCCAAAGGUCUUUGCAGAACUCCCAUCAUUAAGUUUUAUUAAAUGUGCAAGUCUGAUAGGACAUAACAACAAUCAGGAAAUGCGUACAAGUCAAAUGCAAGACACAAUUGCUCAAUUCCGCGAUGGCCGUAUUACUUUAUUGGUUGCCACAAGUGUUGCUGAAGAAGGACUUGACAUUAGGCAAUGCAAUGUUGUUAUUCGCUUUGACCUUGCAAAAACAGUUUUGGCCUAUAUUCAAUCAAGAGGUCGUGCUAGAAAGCCUGGCUCUGACUACAUUUUGAUGAUUGAAAGAGGGAAUCUGUCACAUGAAACUUUCUUAAGAAAUGCUCGUAAUAGUGAGGAGACACUAAGAAAAGAAGCUAUAGAGCGAACAGAUCUUAGUCAUCUUAAGGAUAUUCAGAGAUUAUCUUCAGCAGACACAUUAUCAGGAUCUGUGUACCAAGUUCAAUCAACUGGUGCAAUUGUAAGCUUGAACUCUGCAGUUGGACUCGUACACUUCUAUUGUUCCCAAUUACCAAGUGACAGAUAUUCAAUACUUCGGCCUGAAUUUAUUAUUCAACGGCACGAGAGACCAGGAGGGUUGACUGAAUACUCGUGUAAGCUUCAACUUCCUUGCAAUGCACCAUUUCAACAGUUAGAGGGUCCUUUAUGCUGUUCUAUUCGCAUAGCCCAACAGGCUGUUUGUUUAGCUGCUUGUAAGAAAUUACAUGAGAUGGGAGCAUUUACCGACAUGCUUUUGCCAGAUAAGGGAAGUGGAGAAGAAGGUGAAAAGGCAGAGCAGGUUGAUGAGGGCGAUCCUCUUCCUGGGACAGCACGGCACAGAGAGUUCUAUCCUGAAGGUGUGGCAACUAUUCUACGGGGUGAAUGGAUACUGUCUGGGAAGGAGGGUUGCAACAAUUCAGAGGAUGAGUUAUAUAUGUAUGCUGUGAAGUGUGAUGACAUUGGAACUACAAAGGACCCAUUCCUUACACAAGUUUCAAAUUUUGCUAUACUUUUUGGAAGUGAACUGGAUGCAGAGGUUUUAUCGAUGAUGAUGGAUCUCUUUGUCGCAAGAACAAUGAUAACAAAGGCAUCUCUCGUCUUCCAGGGAACCAUAAAGUUUGUAGAAACUCAGCUGGCUGCACUGAAGAGCUUUCAUGUUAGACUUAUGAGCAUUGUGCUCGAUGUUGAUGUUGAUCCGUCGACUACUCCAUGGGAUCCUGCAAAGGCAUAUCUCUUUGUUCCCCUGAUAGCUGAGAAAUAUCAUAAUCCUUUGGAAGGAAUUGACUGGUGUUUGGUUGAGAAGAUAGUGGAGACAAAUUCCUGGAAUAAUCCUCUUCAGAGAGCACGCCCUGAUGUUUAUCUUGGUACUAAUGAGAGAACCUUGGGUGGAGAUAGGAGGGAGUACGGAUUCGGGAAAUUACGCCAUGGCAUGGCUUUUGGCCACAAAGUUCACCCAACAUAUGGAAUUAGAGGGGCUAUUGCACAGUUUGAUGUUGUGAAAGCUUCUGGAUUGCUUCCAAGUCGAGACUCUAUAGAACCCACAGAUGUUUACCAUUCCAAAGAAAAGCUUCAGUUGGCAGAUUCUUGCAUUGAUGUACAAGAUCUAGUUGGAAGGAUUGUAACUGCUGCACAUUCAGGGAAAAGGUUUUAUGUGGAUUCUGUUCGGUAUGAAAUGAAUGCCGAAAAUUCUUUCCCUAGGAAGGAAGGUUAUCUUGGUCCACUGGAGUACAGCUCAUAUGCUGACUACUACAGACAGAAGUAUGGAGUAGAUUUGAGGCAUAAGAAACAACCUCUUAUAAGAGGUCGUGGAGUCUCCUAUUGCAAGAAUCUUCUAUCGCCUCGAUUUGAACAUUCGGAGGAAGUUGAAAAUGAAGAGAAUUUAGACAAAACGUACUAUGUGUAUCUACCUCCAGAGCUAUGUCUCAUUCAUCCACUCCCUGGUGCCCUUGUUCGGGGAGCGCAGAGGUUACCCUCUAUUAUGAGGAGAAUUGAGAGUAUGCUUCUGGCAGUUCAGCUGAAGGAUAUGAUCAGAUAUCCUGUUCCUGCUAUGAGGAUAUUAGAAGCUUUGACAGCUGCUUCAUGUCAGGAGACCUUUUGCUAUGAACGAGCAGAGCUACUUGGUGAUGCAUACCUAAAGUGGGUAGUUAGUAUCUUUCUUUUCCUUAAGUACCCCCAGAAGCAUGAGGGCCAACUUACAAGGAUGAGGCAACAAAUGGUUAGCAACAUGGUUCUAUACCAGUAUGCAUUAAAUAAAGGACUUCAAUCGUAUAUCCAGGCUGAUCGGUUUGCUCCAUCUAGAUGGGCUGCCCCUGGGGUUCUCCCUGUCUUUGAUGAAGAUAGUAAGGAAACAGAGUACUCCAUUUUUGAUGAGGAAUGUCCUGCUACUGAGACUGAGCCACAAAAGGAUUUCUAUGCUGAUGAUUGUAUAGAAAAUAUGAGGGAAGAUGGGGAAGUGGAGAGUGAUUCAAGCUGCUACAGGGUUCUUUCUAGUAAAACUUUAGCUGAUGUUGUUGAAGCAUUGAUUGGUGUGUAUUAUGUUGAAGGUGGGGAAAAUGCUGCAAAUCAUCUCAUGAGAUGGAUUGGUAUUCAAGUGGAUUUAGAUCCCAAGGACUUUCCUUGCCCGAAGCCUUACAAUAUCCCUGAAAGCAUAAUGAGGAGUGUUGAUUUUGAAGCAAUAGAAGGUGCACUUAAUGUGAAGUUUAAGGAUAGGGGUUUGCUUGUUGAAGCCAUAACACAUGCAUCUCGUCCCUCAUCGGGUGUCUCUUGUUAUCAACGACUUGAAUUUGUUGGUGAUGCUGUACUAGAUCAUCUAAUUACAAAGCAUCUAUUUUUCACCUACACCAACUUGCCUCCUGGCCGUUUGACAGAUUUGAGAGCUGCAGCUGUGAAUAAUGAGAACUUUGCACGUGUAGCAGUCAAGCACAAGCUGCACGCGUAUCUACGUCAUGGUUCAAGUGCUCUGGAAGCACAGAUACGUGACUUCGUGAAAGAUAUUCAAGAUGAGUUGUCAAAAGAAGGUUUUAACUAUUUUGGGCUUGGAGAUUGCAAGGCUCCCAAGGUACUUGGAGAUAUUGUCGAGUCUAUUGCAGGUGCAAUUUUUCUUGACAAUGAACGUGAUGCAUUUAUUGUCUGGAAGGUCUUCCAACCUUUGUUGCAUCCUAUGGUGACACCAGAAACCCUUCCCAUGCAUCCUGUAAGGGAACUUCAGGAGCGCUGCCAACAACAGGCAGAAGGUUUAGAAUACAAAGCGACACGCACAGGUAAUAUAGCUACUGUCGAAGUUUUCAUUGAUGGGGUUCAAAUUGGAAUAGCUCAAAACCCACAGAAGAAGAUGGCACAAAAGUUAGCUGCAAGGAAUGCACUAGUAGUUCUGAAGGAGAAAGAGGAAAAUGCAAUGACUAAAGAUAUGGACAAUGGAGAGAAAAAAAAUGGUGUUCAGAUUUUCACCAGGCAAACCCUUAAUGACAUUUGUUUAAGACGGCAAUGGCCUAUGCCACAGUACCACUGUGUUAAUGAAGGUGGUCCAGCUCAUGCGAAAAGAUUUGUCUAUGCUGUUCGUGUCAAUACAUCCGAUCGAGGCUGGACUGAUGAGUGCAUUGGUGAGCCCAUGCCUAGUGUAAAGAAGGCGAAGGAUUCAGCAGCCACUCUUCUUCUUGAGCUUCUUAAUAGAUGUUACCCUGACAAUAGGUAGGCAUUGAGGAAUAUCCAAGAUCAAUCUUGCCUGAAGUCAGUUGUUUUUUGUAGUGUUAUUGAUUCCUAUUAUCAAGCUUAAUUUCCCAGAAGUUUAUGUUCAUCUGUUAGGAUAAACAGCAUUAUUGUAUUUCUUUUUUCUCAAGAAGUGAAUGCCCUGAAAGUCCUUUUUAAGACUAGUUAUUCAUGCAGCAGACACAUGCAUCAUUGAACUUAUUGUUUUUUUUAUUUUAAAUAAUUGUUUUAGCUCUGAUA